AUGCCAGCCUACACCCUCGUCGUGCAUCUUUAUGCAAAGAAGGACGGCGUCGAGAAGUUGACGGCGAAGCUGCAAGAGGCGAGUCAAGUUUAUAGCAAAGACAAAGAGUGUUUGGCCUGGCUCGUCAUGCAAGACCACAAAGACCCUCAAGCAUUCACCAUCGUCGAACGCUAUGCUCAUGAGGGCAGCCAGAAGUAUCACCUCGAGAAUCCAUACUGGCAAACGUUCGAUAAAUACGUCAUACCGUUACUCGAGAAGGACAUGGACCUCCGUCGCUACAACGAGCUCGACACGAGCAAGGAGGUGAAGGUGGAACAGGAUCCGAAGCUGUGGGAGGCGGUCGCGAAGCACCAGGGUCAAUAG